GAAAUUAUUGAUAAUACAGGACAGGAAGUCCAUAACUUGACUUGAAAAGAGAUAUAUUUGAGACUUAACUCACUUCCUUGCCACUGGAAGUCAUCAACUGAUCAUUAUCUUUCUUUCAUGGAUACCUUAUUUUCGUUCUCCAUGGCCGAUUUAAUUAUUCCUCUUGGUCUCUUAGGCAACAUCACUACAGGACUAGUCUACCUUGCUCCCAUAAAGACUUUUUGGAGAAUUGUGGUGAACAAAUCAACUGAAGAAUUUGAAAGCAUGCCUUAUGUUUGCAAGUUACUAAAUGCAUAUUUUUGGGUUUACUAUGGAAUUCUGAAGCCAAAUAGCAUACUUGUGGCUACUGUUAAUGGAUUUGGUGCUGUUUGUGAGAUCAUUUUUGUCAUUCUGUUUCUACUUUUUGCACCUCCAAGAAUGAGAUUUAUUACAGCCAUAUUAGCUGGGGUUUUGGAUGUGGGAUUUCCAGCAGCAGUAGUUGUAAUUGCCCAGUCAUUCUUAAAAAGAGAAGCACAGAUUGAUGUUGCUGGAUUCUUCUGUGUUUGCUUUAGUUUGGCUGCUUAUGGUUCACCUCUUUCAGCUAUGAAAACAGUGAUAACAACAAAGAGUGUAGAGUACAUGCCGUUCCUUCUCUCAUUUUCCCUUUUUAUAAACGGGGGAGUUUGGACUUUCUAUGCUAUUAUCACCAAAGAUUGGUUCAUUGGAUUACCAAAUGGGACAGGAUUUGGUCUUGGAACAGCCCAGAUGAUUCUAUAUGCAAUGUAUUAUAAGAGACCUCAUCAGCCACACAAAACAUCAGAAAAUUUAGAGGCAAAUGAAAGUCUUAUUUCAGAAUCUGAUAGAAAUGCUCCAAAAGUUUAAUGUGUUUCUUGGUCUAUUUAAAUUUUCUCGUGAUGGUUCGAAGACUACAUGCUUAGAUUUGUUGCUUAAAGAAUUUUUUGCUGUAAUUUAGAUUAAUCUAUUGCGAAAUUUUUAAGAAUCAAAAUUAUUUUAGUCAGACAUGUAAGUGGCAUGAACAUCUUAUUAUAUUUCAGGUCAUCAUGAAUAUCCUGCUAUCUUAUAA